UUUUUCAAAUUUCAAUUUGACACCCCCCCAAUUUCCUCGCUACUCCCCACCCACAGCGUCCAAACCCCUCCGCCCCCUACUCCGUACAACUACACGAGCUCCACCGCCAUCGUCGGAGAGGGGCGGCGCCGCCACCUCCGCCGCCGCCGCCGCCUCGCCGGAGAUGGCGUCGAAGCAAAUGGAGGAGGUCCAGCGGAAGCUCGCGCUCCUCAACUACCCUCGCGCCAAUGCGCCGUCCCAAUCCCUCCUCUUUGCUGGGGUUGAGAGAUACGCCCUCCUUGAGUGGCUCUUCUUCAGGCUUCUAGGGGAUAGAUCACCGUUCACCCAACAAAAUUGGCAAGGGGAUAGCUUGGAUCGUGACGAGGAGAAUAAUAGAAUCCAGCACUUAGCUGAGAUAGCAAGCUUCUUGGGAAUUACACCUUCAGUUGAUACAGAAGCGAUCCAGGGCAGGGGUAGCUAUGAAGAACGUGUAGAAAUGCUUCAUCUCGUUGUUGGUCUUGCGGAAGCAAGUUGCUAUGCUGACAACCCAGAAUGGAGUGUUGAUGAGCAGUUGUCGAAGGAUGUACAGUUAGUAGAUGCUAUUGCUGAGAAGCAAGCUCAAGUCUUUUCAGAAGAGUUCAAGCUCUUUCCUGCUGAUGUCCAAAUUCAGUCAAUUUAUCCCUUACCUGAUAUAUCCGAACUAGAGGCAAAGCGUUUGGAGUAUACAAAGAAAAUGUCAAACUUGCAGCAGAUGGUUCAGGACCUGGCAUCCAAGUACGAGUAUAAUCCUAAUGAAGAAUAUGCCGAAACAGAGCUGAAACUGAGGCAACAUUUGGAGUCUUUUCUGGAAACUGUCAGAUCCUUCAAUUUAAUUUAUACAAAGGAAAUUCGUCCUUGGACACACAUGAUGGAGGUUCCGCAAUUGCAUGGCUUUGGUCCUGCUGCUAAUCGCUUACUGGAGGAGUACAACACACUCCUAAAGUUUCUAGGAAACUUACGGAGUCUUCGAGAUUCAUACGCUGCCAUGGCUGUCGGAUCUCUAUCAUCGUCGACGGACCAGCGUUCGUCGGUCACUAAGAUAAUUAUGGACUGUGAAUCGGCUCUAACAUUCUUGAAUCAAAGUCUCGCGAUCCUCUCAACUUCAGUGGCUCGCGAGCGAGGCGAGGUGAUGUAAAAUUCACGCUGGCUGAUCAGGUCAUGAAUGAUGAAAACUGUAUUUAAACAACAGCCUGCUUUUCCAUCUUGUUGUAUUUGUUACACAGGGUGUUGUUGCAGGGUAAUGUGUUUACUGUGAGAUUAUGAAACUCGAAGAAAUAUGGCUGUAGAGAAACUCUAAUCAUUCAUCUUCUGCUCUCAAAACCUCAUUUUAAUGCAUCUGUGAAAAUUAGUUUGGAAUUACA